UCGACCAUCUAUGUCGAUAUAGCUGUUCAGUUUCGGCAGCUCGUUUUUGUUUGUUUCAUGUGAUUUGUUUGAUAUUUUUUUCCCAAAUUAAGUUUAACAUUCGAAAUAUGUCAACAUCAGCUCUACCGGAUGGUUGGAGACGGGAGGAAGUUAAACGUACUAAUGGACUUACAAUCAAGACCGAUGUUAUCUAUGUCAGCCCUGAUGGACAGCGUAUCAAAACGAAAGCAGAGCUAGCUAAAUAUCUUGGCCACACAAUUGAUUUAUCUUCAUUCGAUUAUCGUUCGGGCAAGAUUAAUCCAUUGUUAUUACGAAAAAGUAAAAGAUCCUAUGGUGCUCAUGAUCAUCGUGCACUCAAGCAUGAUCCAACAACAAUCAAUCCAGUUCGACAAACAAAUCCAUUUUUCAAACAUCCAGUCACUAUCAUGAAGACAAAUUCCAAUCAUUCUAAAGUAUUAAAUCUACAACAGAUUAAAGAUAUACGUCGUAAGCAUAAUUUAAGCUUUAAUGAACCCAAAUCCGAUAACAUUGAACGACCAUUUCAAAUGUUUUGGCCUCGAAGAUUGGAAGGACAACGAGCAUCGAAUCAUGCACUUGAACGUCUUGACGAUUUUCAAUUACCACCAAAUAUUCGAACAUUCAAUUCGAAAUUAGCUAAUAACGCAGACAUUUUUCGUUCAAUAAAUGCAAAUCUAUACAAUGAUCAACGAGCUAUUCGUGGUCAAGAACGUAAAAUAAUUAAUCGUAUUCGCCGUGAAAUGGAUGAAGAAGAUGUAAUGAGAAAUUUAUUGGCAUUUAUUAAUCCUCAUCAACCAUUAUCACAUACUAUUACGAUUACCGAACAGGACAUAAUACAACAGGAAGAAGUGGUUAGAAAAUAUCGUCAAAAAUUACGCAAUGCCAUAAAUCGAUAAUGAAAAGAAAAAAUGUAUCAAUAAACUAUCGAUAAAAAUUAUUUUUUUCUUUGUAAA